AACAGCGAUGGCGGAACAAAUAAACGGGGAAGUGCUUGCAGUUGUGGACUGAAUGACUCUCCAGUAGGCCUGGCUGCUUACAUACUGGAGAAGUUUUCCACCUGGACUGACUUCAACAACAGGGAAGAUGGGGGGCUGGAGAGGAAGUUCACCCUGGACGACCUGCUGACCAAUAUCAUGAUCUACUGGACCACCGGCUCCAUCGUGUCCUCCAUGAGGUUCUACAAGGAGAGCUUAAAGACCAACAUUGAGAACAGACUGGAUAACAAGUGAGUUUGUAUGUGUGGUGUCAUAUGGUCCAGUAUGACACGGGCUGUUCCUACAGGGCCUGUCCAUUUAAUAUGACACGGGCUGUUCCUACAGGGCCU